AUGGCCGGCGGCCGCAUCGAUUGUUACCUGGAUAUUGCAUCCUUCUUCAGCUAUGUCUGUUUCGCAGACCUGCAACCCAAUCUAGACAAACUAGCCGCCAAUGGCGUCGAAGUAGAGUUCCAUCCCGUCUUUCUGGGUGGCAUCAACCAUCUUUCCGGCAACAAGCCACCUUGGACCCUCGCAGCCAAGGCCAAGUAUCUCACCUACGAUACCGCCCGGGCUGCUGCUCGUGUCGGCAUAUCCAACUACCAAACGCCCCCGGACCUAUUUGAACGAGCAAAAACCCAGUCUGCCCUGCGGGCCAUGCUCUUCAUCAAGGCGAAUUACCCCAAGGAAAAGUUCCAGUCGACGCUGCACUUCCUGCUGCACCGGUUCUGGACGCCACCCAACGCUGAUGUCGUUGACGAAGCUAGCCUCAGGACAUUGCUUGCCGAAGCAACUGAGACGCCUGACGGGGGAGCAAAGUUGUUCACUGAAGCGGAUGUCACUCGUAUCAUGGACGGCAGGGCAGCCAUGAAGAAGAAGCUGGCGGAGGAUACGGGCAAGGCUGUUGAGUCGGGCGCAUUUGGAUGCCCCUGGUUCCUGGUGACGAACUCCAAGGGCGAGACCCAACCCGUCUUCGGAAGCGAUAGGUUCAACCAUAUUUAUAUGCACCUUGGUAUCCAGUUCCAAGAUGUUGCCGUGUUGGCUCCAUCAUCGUCCAAAUUGUAA